AUGCUCAUGAGUCACUUGCAGGCCAUUGUUGAUCAUUCCGACACAGAUACACAGAUUCUUUACAAUCGUACAAUUUGUCAACUGGGACUUUGUGCAUUCCGACAUGGUUUCAUCAAAGAAGCUCAUCAAGGAUUGUCUGAAAUUCAGAACACACAACGAGCUAAAGAGUUGCUCGCUCAAGCUGUAGCAAUGAGGCAGCACGAGAGAACAGCUGAACAGGAGAAGCUUGAACGUCAACGGCAGAUUCCAUAUCACAUGCAUAUCAAUGUUGAGUUGAUGGAAUGCGUUUACCUGAUUUGCUCUAUGUUACUUGAAAUUCCUCAUAUGGCUAGUUGCGAGUUCGAAAUGCGUCGGCGACUACUUAGCCGAAGUUUCCAUUAUCAACUGAAGCAGAGUGAGAAG